UGGUCGCGGAAUUACGCGUAUCUUCGCUUCUCCGCAGUCUGCCGGAAACUGAUUUUUCUUCGAAAUAAACCAUCCUCCAUCUUUGCUCUUCAGGAGUCCUCGCCUCCUGGGAUGUCAAUCGUUGAUUAAAUAAUUACCGAGUUUGGGUAUUUCACUGCUAUUGCUUUCGCAGUUUGUUCCUACGUACUCUUUCAAAACCUUCACGCGCCUCUUUCGCGACUACCAAGGCAACACCAUGUGUCAAUCCGACUACCACGACUUCCUCCACGGUCUACCCAAGUGCGAACACCAUGUCCACCUGGAAGGCUGUCUCACCCCGGAGCUGAUCUUCCAUCUGGCCGAAAAGAACCAGAUCAAACUGCCCGACGCUAAAACAAACCCAGCAUACUUGUCCAUCGAAGCCCUAACCCGCCGCUACGGCAAUUUCACCUCGCUCGACGACUUCCUCAGCUUCUACUUCACAGGCAUGUCAGUGCUGCACCACGAGUCGGACUUUGCCGACCUCGCCUGGGCCUACUUCCAAAAGGCGCACGCCGACGGCGUCCACCAUGCCGAGGUCUUCUUCGACCCGCAGGUCCACCACGACCGCGGCAUCGCCUACACGACCGUCGUCGCCGGAUUCGCAGCCGCGUGCCAACGCGCUGAGAAGGAGCUUGGUCUGACAACCCGGCUCAUUCUGUGCUUCGUGCGCCACCUCCCUGUCCAUUCAGCCGCGCACGUCUACGAACAGGCACUGGCCAACGACCACUUCGACACGGACCUGAUCCAUGGUCUCGGCUGGUCGUCUACGGAAGUCGGUCCUCCCAAGGACAUGUUCCGGGAUCUGUAUGCCGCGGCUGCAGCGCGGGGGAUCCCGUUGACGGCCCACGCCGGCGAAGAGGGUGACGCGUCGUAUAUCAGCACGGCGCUGGAGCUGGGCGCCCGUCGCAUCGACCACGGGAUCCGCCUUGUGGAGGACCCUGUGUUGAUGGAGAAGAUCGCUCGCGACGGCGUCAUGCUGACCGUGUGUCCGAUUUCGAAUGUACAGCUGCGGUGCGUCGAGGACGUGGCGCAGGUGCCGAUUCGCCAGUUUUUGGAUGCGGGUGUCAAGUUCUCGAUUAAUAGUGACGAUCCGGCUUAUUUUGGAGGGUAUAUCCUUGCUAAUUACUGCGCUGUGCAAGAGGCGCAUCGCUUGUCAAGGGAUGAGUGGAGGGUCAUUGCGGAGAAUAGUGUCAAUGAGAGCUGGAUUGGGGCGGAGAGAAAGGCGAUCCUGCUGAAGCGGAUUGAUGAUCAUAUGCAGAAGCAUGCUGGAUUGGUCUUGUAAAUACCCUCAUAUACCCACUGGUGAUGAUGAUGAUGAUGAUGAUGAUGAUGAUGAUGAUGAUGAUGAUGAUGAUGAU